ACAACAUCCAGCUCGUCCUCUUCAAGCUCAAUAUCACUAAGCUCGUCUAGUUCAAACUUGCUAACAUCCACCUCACUUUCGCCUUCUCUCUUAGUAUCUUCAUCGCUAUCAUUGUCCAGCUCGUCCACUUCAAAUUCAAUAUCAUCCAGCUCACUGUCAUCGCCACUGUUGAUCGCUUCAUCGCUAUCGCCAUCGCUAUCGCCAUCGCCAUCCGCUUCUUGUUAUGGAUACACGGACUCUGCAACAACCACAAGACCCACUCUUCAAUCUAAAUUUCACGCAAUGCAUCACGGCCUGCGCGUCGAACUCGACAUGUACAGAUCUCUCGUAUACCAGUGGCGGCACUUGCUAUCUAAAACAGGGAGUUGCAGGGACAAAUCCGGCAUAUGAGGCCGGGAUUUGUGACGCCCUGGUGUCCGUGAGGCCUGUAAUAACGUCGACGACCAUUUCUAGUUCCCCGACGCCUGGUUCAUCGACCCUCGCUUCACCAUCUCCAUCCGCGUCCGCGGGUUGUUAUGGAUACGCAAAUGGUACGACAGCUACCAUCAACGGAGUGACCUUCCUGGUUCAAACUUAUACCGUCAAUUCAAAUAACAUGCUCGCUGGACCUCUCUACAAUCUCAAUUUCACGCAAUGCAUGACAACCUGUGCGACCACUCAGGGGUGCACAGAUACUGCAUAUACCAGUGGAGGUACCUGCUUUUUGAACCAGGGCGUCGCUGGAACCAAUCCAGCGUACUAGACCGGGACUUGCGAUGCCUUAGUGACUUCAAUUGCAUCAAGCUCCUCAUCAACCAAUAGCAUAUCUUCGACUAUAUCGUCGUCAGCUAUAGCUUCCCUUUCGUCUCCUUGCUAUGGCUAUGCAAACGCCUCCAC